CCACCUUGCCCCCGCCGCUUCCUUCAAGCACAGGGGGGACGCUGGGCAAAGGAGGGCAAGCAGGCAAAGCCACUGCCCUUUGCGUCCAUGUCCUUAGCAAGGCCAAGGGAUGCAAUCCCGGAUUCUGCCCGAUGGUCUGUGUCCCUUGUUGAGGCAUCAAAGGCCCAAGCAAAGAGGAGGGAAGAAGAGGAGCGCUUCAAGAGGUGGAACGCUGGGAAUCUCAAUAGUACCAACUUCUUCAGGAAAAUGGGCCAAAGUAUGGCAGACACAGAAAGGUACAAAGCCCAAUGCCGUGCCGCUGCUUUGGCCUCACCGAGCCGCAAUGCGGAAGAGAAGGUGAGCCUCGAGUGUACUACCAGGCAUGUCGAUAUUGCCAAGGCUUUUGCCGACUUUAGCAAUGUGUGCAUCCUUCCAAAUCAAGAGAAGGGAGAGAUGCACUUGAAUGCAUUGGGAACCAUCGACGCGCCCAGGGGCCUCAUGCAUCUGAAGGACCCCAGCGCUGUCGAGAUGCGGCAACAAAUGGAGCAGGCAGCCACAAAAGUGCAAGCGCUGGAGCGUGGCCGAAAGGCCCGGAAGCAGGUGGCCAGUGAGGGCGGCUCUGGAAGCAGGGCGCAAGAGUCCUCACAAGACCAAGGAGCUUUCCAGCAGCUUACUGUUUCUGAUGUUGUGGAUCCUGAAGCUUCACAAAGAGAGCCACAGGUUGAGAGGAAGUCUUCGGCUGAGGGAUCAGAUGGUGAAGACGAAUUCGGUGAGGAUGAGCUCUCGCCCGUGACCCCGGCCAUCACCAUUGUACAGCCUCGUGAAGCAGAGGGCUCAAAGCCAGGCUCUGAAGUGAACUCGAGAAGAACCUCCAGGAGGAGCUCAGAAGAGGAGGACUCCAGCGCAGAUGGAGAAGCAGAAAAGGCUGCUGAUGGCGAUUGGCCGCCCAAGCCGCCCAUUGUCCGCUUCAAAGCUCAGAUGGAGUUUUCCAAGCAGUUCAAGGGAGAAACCAAAGAGGAGAAAGAGAAGCGGCAAGAAACCUUGAACUUGGCGGAUGAAGAGAAAAGACUUCAGGGCAGUGAUGAAAUUCUUCAGGACAUUACGCUAACAUGGAUCAACAUGUACUUCAAACUGGACGUGCUGACUGAGCGGCAUCUCAUUGCAAGCUUCCCGAUCAUUGUGUUGUGCAUGAUGGAUGUGAUCUACCCAAAGAAGGUGAGAUGGCACCAGGUCAACUGGAACACAGCCUACAUGCGAGCACUAAAGCAGAAUCAUGCCGUUCUGGAGAAGCACUGGUAUGAGGUCAAUAUGAAUAAGGUCAAGGACCUGCGAAGUGAAAAGAUUGGUCACAUCGAUAAGUUGUUGCAUGCGCCCAGUGAUGAGAAGCUGAGCUUCUUGAAGCAAGUGAAACGCUGGUUCGACUGUCGGGUCUUGCACUCGAAUGCCUACGACCCGAUCAAGCGACGCACUGAGAUCGAAAAGCAGAUUCGGCUCUCUGGGCGAUGGAUGAAAUUCCCUUCGUGGAUGCAGUUCGACAAAGAGGAGAUCCAGGCCAAUCGUGCAAGGAAGCCAGAUCCAAAGAUUCCAAAGUCUGGAAAGACGGAGGCGACCACUGAAUUCGAGAAGAUGCCCGAGUUCAAACGGUUACUGUGGUUCCUGGGAUCAUCAGAGCAUCAGACCAUGUGACCAUCAGCAGUUUCACAGCUAGGCUAAAGUGAGCCUGGGUGAUACGGCAGGAAGGUCGGAGAGCUUUGACCAAGACGCUAGUGGAACAAGCAGGCAAAGGCGCGAGCUCCAUUACAUGAGUUAUGUUGAUGUGAACUUCCAGGUGCCAAGCCUGUUUGUUUGCUCCAGAUGAUACCACUUUCUGCCAGAACGAGG